UAUAGUCGCCUUACGCAUGCGCAGAGCAACAAGUGAGUCACCGUCUGAUUUGUUGCAGUUGUUCACUGGACGCUUAUAUAGCUACUCGCUGUUUUCGCGAUUUUCCACUUUUUAAAUAUAUAAUACGACAUCGUAAAGUAAAGUGAAGCAUAAUGUCACACACGGUCACCAUCACAAGGACAACCGCCACCACAUCAGGCUCAGCGCUGUUUGUUAACACAGGCUACCUCGGCACACUACCUGGGUUACUUAAACUAGCACAACUGCUCUUGGGGGCAGCGUGCGUCGGUGUGGUCGGCCACUACUUGAUACCAUUUUCAAGAUACAACCCCAAUCCAGAACUUUUCUUCCUGCUGGUAUCAGUAUCGUUUUUAAUAGGAACUUUCUGCCUAUUGACGUCAUGUCUGGUAUCAUUUACAACGGCGUCUAUGAUAUCCAAAACUAUAUACGAAGUAAUAUACCACGGAAUAGCGUUUGUGCUAUAUCUCGCAGCGGGAUUAACUCUCAUGAUUGAAGUUAACCACCAGAAGAGAAGUUAUGGCAACGAUUUUGAACCUUAUCUAGCUGCAGCAGUAAUGGGUUUAGUCAUGGCCGUCCUGUAUUUACUUAGCACGUUUUUAGCCAACCGAUCAUACCGUGGCAUAUGAACGAUAUAACUGUUAUAAUGGGUGUAACUAGAAUAUUAUUAUCUAUAUAUUACCACUGCUUUAAAUAUUUUACUUCUUUGAUGUUGCAUUUUU